UUGUGUUCUGCGACGAACGGGACUGAGGGUGUGGCAGAGCGCCCUUAAGGAAGUCGGGUGACAGGCUCCUGGCCUGCGAAGGCCGGAACUCCUUUCUCCCGUUUGCAGGCCUUUCUGAUAUAUCCAUCUCACAAGACAUCCCCGUGGAAGGAGAAAUCACCAUUCCUAUGAGAACUCACAUUCGGGAAUUUGAUAGCUCCACGUUAAAUGAAUCUGUUCAGAAUACAAUUAUGCGUGAUCUAAAAGCUGUUGGGAAAAAAUUCAUGCAUGUUUUGUACCCAAGAAAAAGCAAUACUCUUUUGAGAGAUUGGGACUUAUGGGGCCCUUUGAUCCUUUGUGUGACACUUGCAUUAAUGCUUCAAAGAAGCUCUGUAGAUAGUGAAAAGGAUGGAGGGCCCCAGUUUGCAGAAGUCUUUGUCAUUGUCUGGUUUGGUGCAGUUACCAUCACCCUCAACUCAAAACUUCUUGGAGGAAACAUAUCUUUUUUCCAGAGCCUCUGUGUGCUGGGUUACUGUAUACUUCCCUUGACAGUGGCAAUGCUGGUUUGCCGGUUGGUGCUUUUGGCUGAGCAAGGACCAGUAAACUUCAUGGUCCGGCUUUUCGUGGUGAUCCUGAUGUUUGCCUGGUCUAUAGUAGCCUCUACAGCUUUUCUUGCCGAUAGCCAGCCUCCAAACCGCAAAGCCCUCGCCAUUUAUCCUGUUUUCUUGUUCUAUUUUGUCAUCAGUUGGAUGAUUCUCACCUUCACUCCUCAGUAAAUUAGGAAAUGGAAAUUAAAAACCAGUGAAUUGAAAGCUCAUCUGAAGGAUGCAAUUCACCAUGGAGCUUUGCCUCUGGCCCUCUUUUAUCUAAUUUUGGAGGUAUUUGGUACGUGAGGAGAUGAAAAGGGAGCUAUAAAGCACCAUCGCCACUUAUGUGAGGAACUGAUAUUUGAAAGGUUGUCCUUUUCCUCUUAAUGUCAUUUCUUGAAAAUACAUAGUAUAGACAGUAUAGUGCUGCCUUAAGGCAUGAUAGGGUCACCAUGGUCCAUUUGAGUGACAACCAAUGAUUUGGGAAGCACAUGGAUACAUCCUGCAAGUUAAGUGGAAUUAGUAACUGUAUUUUCAGUUUUGAGAGUACCAGUACAGGUGCAGCUCUUAAACAAUUGCCUUAUGACUAUUAGAAUAUGCCUCUCUUUUCAUAAAAAAAGAAUGGAUAGUCUAUAUCCAUUUUUUAAAUUUCUCUCUUAGUCUUAAAAAGGCAAUGACAGACGUUGGGGAGGGGGUUCAUAACUGGGUAGGAGAAAACUUGCAUUAACCAGUAUUCAGAUUUUGACGGGGGAAAAUGCUACCCUUGUUGCUUUUUUAAAAAGCAAAGGACAGCUAAAGAAUUGACUUCUUUAGUUUUUCCAUAUAAUCACCUUUCUGCCAUGCUUAAUAGCACUUCAGUGAUACUCUAGUUUUUAAUCUUACCCCCCCAGCUCUGAAUAUGCAAGCUGUUCACAGUUACCAUGUAAUUUUCCUUUGAUUAAAGCUCUCAGUGGACCAAUGCUUGAACUUAUCCAGGUGGAAGACCUCAAAAAUUUAGAUUGGUCGUUCCAUCAUGCAUAUUAUUAUAUGGGCACUUUUUUCUUAACAGUAGAAUGAGGUAGUUUGGAUACAGCAUAACUCUAAAGAAUUAUUCUGUGUAGUCUGGCCUCUAACUAGAAACUAAAGCCAAAUCAGAAGCCUGCAUUUAACCAUGUGAACAUAGAGAGAUUUUAGUGUUCUGCUGGCUGGUUCACAGAACAGCUAGAUGCUUAGAGCAUGACAUAGGAUGAAUUGGGUUUACAGCUGCCACCUUUUCAUAGUGGGCUUAGCAGUGUUUUCAUUAGAUGGUGCUUCUCGGGUUGGGGAAUAGCAAUGUAUUUUCUUAGUUUUAGACUAUUUGUAAAGCUAAUUAGCUCUUCUUUAGACAAGUACUUUUUCUGCACAUGUGCACCUGCUUGUAUUCUCAGCUAUUUAUACAUACAAGUGUGAAGGAUUUUCAGGGAGCAGAGUGUCUGGAAAUGCUGAUUUCUAAGCUAAACUCGGUUCCUUUAUGGUAAUAUGAGCUACUGCCUUCUAUAAAUUGCACAUUGAAGAACUCUUAAUAGACAAAAGAUUAGGAGUCAGGCAGACAACAUCCAUUGUAUAUACAGUUAAUUAUAAAAAUAGGAAUUUAUUCCACAUUUUUUCUUUAUCACGGAAUUGAAAUAUUUAUUCAUUUUGUAUCUAAAGACUACACAUAGAUAUGUAAUUUUAAAAACAUAUUUUCUCCGUUCUCAGCUUAACCAAGAACAAUACUAGGACAAAUGUGUUCUUGGAGUGAUAUUAAAUUACAGAGCAUUACAAAGUUGGUCCCCUCUGUCCCAGCCUUUUUUUGGUUAUAUCUUUAUUUCAGUUUCCCCUCUAAAUUUUAAAAUAAACCCUGUGCGCACAAAGCUAAUGUUACAUUCUUGAAGUGGUAAAGAAAGUAUUUUGAAACUGGUUCCGAUUGGUCCAAAAGUAUUUCCAUUGUCUGAAAUUUUCUAACAUCUUACCAAAACAUCUCUCUUCCAAAGUGAUUUCAUACUCUGUCCCAAUGGUUAUAAAGCAAAAUUAAAGAAAUAAUCAUAUUUCUCAAAAGGGAAUUGUCUACUGAAUUUUACUCAGGCUAAAUAUUUUGGUCAGAAAUUUUUAAGGCCACAACUGGAGUAGGGGUUGUGUGUGCAGGGAGAGGGGUUAUACAUAUUACGUGUUAAGGCAGCUUGUUCUGUGUAUUAACCUGUUGGUCUUUGGUGACUUGAAGAAUGGCUUUAUUUUAUUUAAAUAAAGGUGGGUAAAAUGGAGAUUAUCUUUCUGAAAAUGGUCAGUUUUAUGGCAUAAAUUAUAUUUUCUUAAUAUAUGCACAAAAAAGUGCAUUGCUUUCUGUGGCAGAAGACAUGAUUAUCUUGAAGUUGUAACCCUCAACACAGCUUUCCCUGAUUUGCUGCAAAGGCACAUGGCUAAUUAUAGAAAGAAAGACUAUAAGAGAAGGGGAUUUUUAAUAAAGGAAACCCUGUUCCAGGAAUUGAGAAGUGUCAUACUUUAGAUGAAACUCAAGUGUGUGAGCCUCAUUACCAAAUGUGGUGCAUCAUUGUCGGAAUGUGGUGCAUCAUUACUGUUGUGGCUUAUCAUUUGCUGCUCCUGCUUCUGAGAUUGAACCUCCACUGUCAUUCUUUAGCAAUAGGAAAGGUAAAGACUGGAUUUAAUUGCUGUUCAGAUCAUAAAAACUCAACUGAUGCAAACAUAUUUGAAUGUGCCGUGUAGUCAUAAAUGUCAACCAUACCUUUAGUUGUCAAGUCUUUUGCCUCUUAAGAGGCUUAUUACAUGAAUUCAGUUGGAUCUUUUUAUUGUGAUGGGGUUUUUCUUUUGUUGGACAAGGUGGUCCUUUCACAGAGCAUGGGACUAAUAAGCAUUUAACUGUUUACUAUAUUUGUCUUUUUAUAAAGUAUCCCCCAGAUGUGAUAAGAUGGUUAGCAAGCCUGUAUUUGAAGAUUUAAUUGUGUACUUCUUAUAAUCUAACUACUUACUGUACCUGGACUUUCUGUUUAUUCCUGGAGAUUAAAAUGAAAAUCUCCUGUCAUUUCAAAUCUUUGUGUAACAUCAAGUCAUUGAAAUUUAUUUAAAUGCUAUCAUGAUAUGAUCAGACGACAUCCAUUGCAUGCAGCUGUUUUAUUCCAGAGUAAAAUACUGACAUUGUUAUUCUUUAUUAGAUUGUUAAUUUUUGAGACAAUAUGGAUAGAAAUAAAUGUGUGAAUGUUAA